AUCGAUACUUAUUUCCUAUCCCUACUCUUCUCAUCUGUCAAUGUCAGGUGUACUUUGAACUCUAUGUACUUUGAUAACAUCAUUAAAUAAUUAAUAAAGUAAAAGAAUUGGUAGAUUUAGCAAAAUGUUUUCGAAUUGUUCGCGUCAGUUAACUUCACAGUUUUCCAAUCAUUUGAAACGUCUUCAAAGUACUCUAAUUAUCGCCGAACACGAUAACAAGGGCCUUAACCCAAUAACCCAAAAUGCGUUAACUGCUGCUAAAAAAAUAGGGGGCGAAAUUUCUGUUCUCGUAGCCGGGACCAAAUGCGGCCCUGCGGCGGAAGCCCUAGCCAAAGCAAACGGUCUUUCAAAGAUCCUUAUUGCCGAAAGUGAUGCUUUUAACGGUUUUACGGCCGAAAGCCUGACCCCCCUUAUAAUUUCAACACAAAAACAGUUCAAUUACACUCAUAUUAUAGCCGGGGCUUCCGCUUUUGGUAAGGCUCUUCUGCCGCGAGUUGCGGCUAAAUUGGACGUCUCCCCCGUCUCUGACGUGAUUGGGAUUAAAUCCCCAGACACGUUCGUGAGAAGCAUCUAUGCAGGUAACGCCAUCCAAACCCUGAAAGCCAACGACCCUAUCAAAAUUAUAAGUGUCCGAGGGACCAGUUUUGAGGCUGAUAAACUCGAAGGGGGCUCGGCUAAAACCGAAACUGUCCCCACUGAUGGCUGCGCCACUGACAUGACUGUCUUCGUGGGGCAACAAUUGAGCAAAUCCGACCGGCCUGAGCUAACCAGUGCCAAAGUCGUGGUCAGUGGGGGUCGUGGCUUGAAAUCGGGCGAUAAUUUCAAGCUCUUGUACGAUCUUGCCGAUAAGUUGAAUGCAGCCGUGGGGGCUUCCAGGGCUGCUGUUGACGCUGGAUUUGUUCCGAAUGAUCUUCAAGUUGGCCAAACUGGGAAAAUUGUCGCACCGGAUUUAUACAUCGCAGUGGGAAUUUCGGGAGCUAUUCAGCAUUUGGCUGGGAUGAAGGACAGCAAAACUAUUGUGGCAAUCAAUAAGGAUCCAGAAGCCCCAAUUUUCCAAGUCGCUGAUUAUGGAUUGGUCGCAGAUUUGUUCAAAGCCGUGCCGGAAUUGACUAGUAAAUUGCCUUAAAGUCUUUCGCGUCAAAAGUUUUGUAAUUAUAUAUUUUUGAAAAUAAACUUGUUAUUAUUAAAA